AGGGGCGGGCCGGGCGGGCGGCGGCGGCGGCGGCGGCAUGGCAGGGCGGCGGGUGAACGUGAACGUGGGCGUGCUGGGCCACAUCGACAGCGGCAAGACGGCGCUGGCGCGGGCGCUGAGCACCACGGCCUCCACCGCCGCCUUCGACAAGCAGCCGCAGAGCCGCGAGCGCGGCAUCACGCUCGACUUGGGCUUCUCGUGCUUCUCGGUGCCUCUGCCCGCGCGCCUGCGGGCGGCGCUGCCCGCGCCCCCGGCGGCGCCCGGAGCCGAGCCCGAGCCCGGCGAGCCGCAGCUUCAGGUCACGCUGGUCGACUGCCCCGGGCACGCCUCCCUCAUCCGGACCAUCAUUGGCGGGGCCCAGAUCAUUGAUCUGAUGAUGCUGGUCAUCGAUGUGACCAAAGGGAUGCAGACCCAGUCCGCGGAGUGCCUUGUGAUUGGGCAGAUCGCCUGCCAGAAGCUGGUCGUGGUGCUGAACAAAAUAGACCUCUUAGCUGAAGGGAAGAGACAGGCAGCGAUUGAUAAAAUGACAAAGAAAAUGCAGAAGACCCUAGAGAACACCAAGUUCCGAGGUGCACCGAUUAUAUCCGUGGCGGCCAAGCCUGGGGGACCAGAGGCCCCCGAAACAGAAGCUCCACAGGGCAUCUCAGAGCUCAUUGAGCUCCUGACGUCCCAGAUUCCCAUCCCGACGAGGGACCCCUCGGGACCAUUCCUCAUGUCUGUGGACCACUGUUUCUCCAUCAGAGGCCAAGGCACUGUGAUGACAGGGACCAUCCUCUCAGGCUCCAUCAGCCUCGGCGACAGUGUGGAGAUUCCUGCCCUCAAGGUGGUGAAGAAGGUGAAGUCCAUGCAGAUGUUUCACAUGCCUGUCUCGUCAGCUAUGCAGGGAGACCGACUGGGCAUCUGUGUCACCCAGUUUGACCCCAAGCUGCUGGAGCGUGGCCUGGUGUGUGCCCCCGAGUCCCUGCACACUGUCCAUGCAGCCCUCAUCUCUGUGGAGAAGAUCCCGUACUUCCGGGGGCCCCUGCAGACCAAGGCCAAGUUCCACAUCACAGUGGGCCAUGAGACGGUGAUGGGCCGCUUGAUGUUCUUCAGCCCUGCCCCUGAUAGCUUUGACCAUGAGCCUGUGCUAGACUCCUUCGACUUCUCUCGAGAAUACCUCUUCCAGGAGCAGUACCUAAGCAAGGAUUUGGCACCAGAGGUGACAGACAGUGGCGAGGCUGACAAGAAGACGGGCCAGGCCACGGGAAGCCACUGUCCUCGGCAGCAGUGGGCCCUCGUGGAGUUUGAGAAGCCUGUCACCUGUCCUCGGCUGUGCCUGGUGAUCGGCUCAAGGCUAGAUGCAGACAUUCAUGCCAACACGUGCCGGCUGGCUUUCCACGGCAUCUUGCUCCACGGGCUGGAGGACAAGGACUAUGCCGAGAGUUUCUUGCCCAGGCUGAAAGUAUAUAAGCUCAAGCACAAGCAUGGCCUCGUGGAGCGGGUGAUAGACGACCACAGCGUGAUCGGCCGCUCCCUGUUCAAAAAGGAGACCAACAUACAGCUCUUCGUGGGCCUCAAGGUGCACCUGUCCACUGGGGAGCUGGGGGUCAUCGACAGCGCCUUUGGCCAGAGCGGCAAGUUCAAGAUCCACAUCCCUGGUGGCCUCAGCCCCGAGUCCAAGAAGAUCCUGACGCCCACCCUCAAGAAGCGGGGCCGGGCCGGACGAGGGGAGGCAGCCAAGCAGGAGGAGGGGGCAGAGCGGCCCGAGCCCACACAGCACGUGGCCCUCAGCCUGUCUUUCAAGCGUUACGUUUUUGACACCCACAAGCGCAUGGUCCAGUCUCCCUGAACGUUCCAGUGACCUCCCCUGGGGCCACCUUGCCCAGGCCCCGGGCUGGGCCGUGAUGCCAAAUGCCCAACCAGAUGUGCCUCUACCCCCUUUAGUACUCCCUCCCCAUGACUCUGGAGGCACGGGCCCCCGGGCCUGGCACUGAACCCCAGUGAGAAGCCUGGAGGAUGCAGGGGCAGUGUCACCAGUGCUGGGGCCGAGAGGGUCUGUCCCUCCACCCUGGCACCCUCCCACCUACUGGUGGCCAGUGUCUCCCCGGCUGCCCAGCCGGCAGCCAUGUGAGGGCCAAUCCAUGCCCUGACUCCAGGUGGCCUGGCACUUGCUAGCUGCAAAUAAAUGUCCUGUGGUGCCUGCUCUC